AUGUUUAGCAGAAGUGCAACGAUCAACUAUGUUGUUUUUCUUCUUUGUUCCUUAACAUUCUUAGAACAUGGAUUGUUUCUUCAAAGGGUCUCCUCUCUUGGUAUAAACUACGGUCAAGUAGGCGACAAUCUUCCUCCACCAGACAAAGUUCUACAACUCUUGGGGUCACUCCAUAUUAACAAAACAAGAAUCUACGACACAAACCCUAAAGUCUUAACCUCAUUCGCCAAUUCCAACAUCGAGCUCUUCGCCACCGUCGAAAACCAAAUGCUUCCCAGCUUAGUCGACCCUCAACAAGCUCUCCAAUGGGUCACGUCCCGUAUCAAACCCUACUUUCCGGCCACCAAGAUCGGCGGUAUUGCUGUCGGCAACGAACUAUACACUGACGACGACUCCAGCCUCAUAGGAUAUCUUGUACCGGCAAUGAUGAGUAUUCAUGCAGCUCUCGUCCAAACCGGUCUAGACAAGUACAUUCAAGUAUCUACUCCGAACUCACUUUCAGUCCUUCAAGAAUCUUACCCUCCCUCCGCGGGAUGUUUCAGGCCACAAGUCGCUGGCGUUAUGACGCAGCUUCUAAGUUUCUUGCAUAGCACGAAAUCCACUUUUUGGAUCAAUGCUUACCCUUACUUCGCUUACAAGGAUUCCCCAACAAAGAUCCCAUUAGAUUAUGUUCUCUUCAACCCUAACCCUGGAAUGGUUGACCCCUACACCAAGUAUCACUACGACAACAUGCUCUAUGCUCAAGUAGACGCUGUGAUCUUCGCCAUGGCAAGGCUUGGCUUUAAAGAUAUCGAGGUUGGAGUCUCAGAGACUGGUUGGCCGUCUAAAGGCGACGGAGAUGAGGUUGGAGCCACCGUGGCCAACGCGGCAGUUUAUAACAAGAAUCUUUUGAAGAGACAACUUCAGGGUGAAGGAACUCCAUUGAGGAAAAACAUGAGACUUGAUGUUUAUCUCUUUGCUCUAUUUAAUGAAGACCUUAAACCAGGACCAACCUCUGAGAGAAACUAUGGAUUGUUUCAGCCUGAUGAGACCAUGGCUUACAAUGUAGGUUUAUUAUCAUCAUCAUCACAGACAUCUACUUCUACAACUAAUUCCAUUGUUUCCCUCACUUCCUCUGCCUCUACGGACAUAAAGAGGGGAAAGCAAGGGUUGAUAUAUUUUAAAUGCGUUUACUUGCUGGCCAUUCAUAUGCUAAUUAGAAGACUGUACUAG